CCAGUGCAGCCAUGGACCUGCGCUCGGAGUUACUGAAGUCCAUUUGGUACGCCUUCACCGCGCUGGACGUGGAGAAGAGUGGGAAGGUGUCCAAAUCCCAGCUCAAGGUUCUGUCCCAUAACCUCUGCACCGUGCUCAAUAUUCCCCAUGAUCCUGUGGCUUUGGAGGAGCACUUCAGGGACGAUGACGAUGGGCCGGUGUCCAGCCAAGGCUACAUGCCCUACCUCAACAAGUUCAUCCUGGACAAGGUGAAGGAAGGGGCUUUUGUGAAGGAGAACUUUGACGAGCUCUGCUGGACUCUCACCGCCAAGAAGAACUACCGUCCCGAAAAGAACGGCAAGAGCAUCCUGCCUCCUAAAGAUGCUUUCCGCCUCUGGUGCCUCUUCAACUUCCUGUCUGAGGACAAGUACCCGCUGGUUAUGGUCGCAGACGAGGUAGAAUACUUACUGAAGAAGAUAUGCAUGGCAAUGACUGUGGAACUCAACUGUGUGGAGCUUGAGGACUUCAUCUCCCAGGAUGUUCAGCAGAGUGGGGUCACUGUCUGGGUCUUCCUGGAAAUGAUGAAUUCUGGGAAGCUGACGCGAGGCCUUGACAAGGACGUGGUCAGCAUGGCAAUCGAGGAGGUUUACCGGGAAAUAGUUGGAGAUGUGCUGAAGGAGGGGUAUCUGUGGAAAAGGGGGCAGUUGCGGAGGAACUGGACAGAGCGCUGGUUCACCCUGAGGCCCAGCACACUGGCCUACUUCACCUGUGAGGACCGCAGGGAACGCAAGGGCAACAUCGUAUUGGACGGCAACUGCUGUGUGGAGGUGCUGCCAGACAAGGAUGGGAAGAGAUGCAUGUUCUGUUUGAAAACACUCUCCAAGACCUAUGAGAUGAGCGCCUCAGACACCAAACAGAGGCAGGAGUGGACCACAGCCAUCCAGACGGCCAUCCGCCUCCACGCCGAGGGGAAGACGUCGCUGCACAAGGACCUGAAGCUGAAGAGGCGCGAGCAGAGGGAGCAGCGGGAGCGCCGGCGGGCGGCCAAGGAGGAGGAGCUGCAGCGGCUGCGCGCCCUGCAGGAGGAGAAGGAGCGCAAGCUGGCGGAGCUGGAGCUGCUGAGGGAGGCGCAGAAGCAGGCGCAGGUCCUGCUGCAGCAGGACGAGCAGCGCAGGAGGCAGCAGCACGACCAGCUGCAGCAGGCUCUGGAGAUACAGCUGCGGGAGGCGGAGCAGGCGCGUGCCACCAUGCAAGCAGAGAUGGCGUUGAAGGAGGCGGAGGCGGAACGCCAGCGGAAGCGAAUUGGAGAACUGGAGGAGAUGCAGCAGCGGCUGGAGGAGGCCCUGAGCCUGGAGAUCAAAGCCAGACAGGACGAGGAGGCCUUCCGCUUCGCCCAGGCUAGGCUGCUGGCUGAAGAGGAGGAGAAGAUGAAGGCUCUGAUGUGUCUGCAAGAGGAGCAGGAGGAGUACAUCCUCAAGACCCAGAGGGAGAAGCAGGAGCUGCGGCAGGAGAUGGAGAGCAAGUCCCGUGCCCUGGAGGAGGCGCACAGGCAGCUGGAGGAGGUCCGGGCCAACCGGCACCGUGUCGACCAGGAUGUGGUGGCUGCCCAGAGGAAGCUCCGUCAAGCCAGCACAAAUGUGAAGCACUGGAAUGUACAGAUGAAUAGACUGAUGCAUCCCAUUGGUCCAGGAGAGAAGAGACCGUCCCUGGGGGGCUCAUCCUUCUCCAGCUUCCGGAUCCCCUCCCAGAGAGACCCAGGGCUGCGUCUGAGGCAGACGUCUGAGAGCGAGGAGAGCAAGGAGAACAUGGAGACCUGCAGCAGUGGGGAAGCGGACAAACGCCUCUCCCAGAAGUCUAAUGGAGAAAUGGACAUCCCCUGAAAGCAAGGGCAUCCAGCAGAAUAACAGGUCACUGUGUCUGCAGCUGUCCUUUCAGAAAAUAUAGAGAUCCCAUCAUCAUUCUGUGAACUUUAGAGAUAUAAAGAGCAUCAUCUUAGACACAUGCAGUCACACGUGUGUCACACGUGUGAGAUAAGUGACAGUCUUGUGAGAGAGCUGUUACCAUACUUAUUCUGAGACAUACAGUGAGAUCAAGCAUUUCUCAGGAGCCACCUCAAAGACAUAAGACACAUACGGUCAAAAAUCAAGGUGCAGGUGCUACUGUGCUCUCAUUGUUCAUGUUGAAAAACAAAGCAACAAAAUUAAAUUUCAGUGGCACUUAACAGUAGUGUUAGAGGCCCUCCAGUGAGCUUACUCCUUGUGUGCUUCUUAUUGGUUUCUCCAAACAGGUUGUAAUACUCCAAUGUUUGUAGCAGGAGAUCUCAGUGUUUUCUCAGAGAAACAAUAAGAAAUAAGAUUUCCCCACCAAUAACAUCCUGCCAUUCACACCAGCAGAUGCCUGUUUCCACCAAUCACAUCCCGCUAUCCUUACCAGUUGAUAUCUGUCACAGGACAUUUUGGUCUGUGUGUUUACAGCUUCCUCAUACUUCUGGUACAUUAUAAAAAGACUGAAUUAAUAGCUUGUUAAAAAAUACAGAAUUAGA